GCCUCCCCUGACGGGAAGAGCAUUGAGGUCAUUUGUGCCCCAGCCUGCCCUAGCCCUCUGGCCCGCCCCAGCCCUCUGGCCCACCCCAGACUUCUGGACUGGCUCCUUGGAGUUAACUGACUGCUCACUUCUUUCUCUCUGAAGUUUUGGUAAGCGAUACCUCCCUGGUCCCAGCCUCGGUCUGCAGCUCUACACAGCUGAGCCCCUUGGGGGCCUUGUCAAGGUAGGGUGAAGAGUUUGGAGAAAGUGAUGAUUGUGCCUCGGACACAGAAGAGGCGGAACAAAAAUGUCCUUGCAUGACUGUUACUCUAGAAGUUUUCUUUAAAAAUUGGUUAUUGGAAACACAAAUCCGCAAGAACAUAAACUACGAAAGAAGGAGAGAUACGCUGACAUAAGGACGCUUUCAGGGGCCUCCAUUCUCUUAGACCUGAGUUAAGUUUUCUAGGCUUUACCAGAAACACAAAUCCCCCUCCUCGUGGUUGGGGCGUGGACAUUGCAGCCAGGCUCGGGCUACCUCCAAGGCACAGGUGCCUGCCACAGUAUCCCCCUUUUCCAGCGAGUCAGUGAGUUUGUUGUGGAUCGUCUCGCCCUGGGGAGGGCCGGGGUCAUGGGCCAGGGCCACUCUGGGCUGCUGCUUCUCAGGAAGCCAGUGCCUGCCCCAUCCAGAGCUGCUUUGACACUUGAGAUACACAUAGCUUCUCUCUCCCUCCCUUUUUUCUUUAUGAAAAUGUUUACGAGGAGCGUGUGUCCCCUCCGCAUUCUUUUCACGAGGACAGAAGCUGUCACUGAGAGCCGAGAGACUAGUUUUGAUCCACAGCUGAUUGUGGCCCAGUCCUUGACGUAAUUAUUUGGUGGGCCUAUGGGGUCCCGUCCAGAGCAUAAUCAGGACUCAAGCAUUGGGCCUGGAGGGGAGGAGGAUCCAUGGGAAAGGAAGCGUUGGAGGUGUGUGUGAUCCAGGCCACAGAAGGGGUCACUCCCCAUCGCAGUGGCAGCAUCAGCUGCUCCAACGGAGGGUCCACUGCUGACCUGAUGCAGGAGGUGUGGCUACAACCAGCUUGGCCGCCAGGCUCAGACCACACAGAGGGGCCUGGAGGAGCUCUCCCAACCUCUCUGUGGUUCAGUGGGUCCAGUUCCAUUUUCCCUUCUCUGAGUACAGGCUCCUUACCACUCUUGAAGCCCCCAUUGUCCCCACUGCAGGACUAAGAGUGCCCUUUCCCGGGCCCCAACAAAUGAAUGAGCCCCAGUGCCUAGCACACAAUCGGUGCUCAUUAAAAGUCUUGCAUUUCUUUAAAAAAAAAAAUUUUUUUUUUUACAUUUAUUCAUUUUUGAGAGACAGAGAGCACAAGUGGGGGAGGGGCAGAGAGAGAGGGAGACACAGAAUCUGAAGCAGGCUCCAGGCUCCGAGCUGUCAGCACAGAGCCCGACGCGGGGCUCGAAGUCACAAACUGCAAGAUCAUGACCUGAGCUGAAGUCGUACCUUUAACUGACUGAGCCACCCGGGCACCCCCCCGCCCCUUUUAAAAAAAUUUUUUAAUGUUUAUUUUUUAAGAGAGAGAGCGGGCGCCCAAGCACAAGUGGUAGGGGAGGGGCAGAGAGAGAGGGAGACACAGACCCUGGAGCAGGCUCUGGGCUCUGAGCUGUCAGCACAGAGCCUGAUGCAAGGGUUCGAACCCACAAACGGUGAGAUCAUGACCUGAUCAGAUGCUCCCUGACUGAGCCACCCAUGUACCCCAAAAGUCUUGAGUUUUAAAGCAGUGGGUGGGAGUGGAGGACUUGAUGCAUCAUGCUUGAUGCUCUUGCCAGGAGGCCAGGGACCGUACUACCUGUGUUUUGCCUGGCACGUUGGAGGUACUCAACUGUUUGGGUGAGUGAAGUGGUAUUCAGGGGGAGCAGGACUCUGGCCUGGCAAGGGCAUGGGUGGCAGCAGGGAGGGUGGGAAGGAGUCUGUUGAAGGGGAUACCAGCGGCUCCUGCCUUUCUUGUGCUCUCUGCGGGUGGUGACAGCCGGCCUCCUGGCCUCUCCCCAAAACCGCCCCUUUGUUGUCUUGGGCCUACGGGUGGAUGCCAGAUUUGCUUCGUUCAUGUUAAAUGUGAUGGCGUCAUGUCUCUCCCCUACUCAAAAUCAAAUCAAAAUGGAACAAAUCAGGAGCCUCACAGAAGAUAGCCCAGAGGUUUCCCUGGCUGUAGGGUAGAGGCUCCAGACUAUGAGCUAGACAUCCAAGGUCUUUCUGGUCUGACCUCGCCCACAUGUCAGAUUUUGCCAUUUUUAUUACAGACCUCAUUCUAGCGCUGGGCACUCUCUGCUUCGACAUAGAUUAAUUAUCACAACCUCCUGGUGAGGUAGGCAGUGGUCUUGAGGGGAAAAAAACCCAAAGGGCCAAGCAGGUAGGAUUUGAGAGUGUCUGAAGGUACAGAGGGUGGCUGGUGUGUGUGUUGCUGGUGAAAGCCCCCCACAGACUAGAAAACCCGGCGCCUCGCUCCUGUCUCCUCGUUCCUGUAUAGAAAGUAUCAUGUCUGUCACUGGCUGACACUUUGAGGGUUUUUCUUUUCUCCAAAUAAAUAAUUCUUUGUCUCUCUUCAGGGUGGCGGAUGGGGCUGGAGAGAGGCAGCUGAUCAAAGGCAGCCUCUCUGACUUUGAACAAGUGGGCUGAGGAGGGGGCUUGGACAAGCAAGGGGGGUGGGCAAGGAGAACCAUCACUGUGUAGCUGAGGCGGGAGGGGUGUCUGUGUCACCUGAAGCCACCUCCCAAAACGUGUCCUUGUGUGCUCCUGGCCUGGGGAGGUAUGAGUGAAAUAUUAGGCUAAAUGGAGAGUUCCUUCCUCAGAGGAGAAAGCGGGCUCCCUUUUCCUGUCCCUUUGUCUCUUGUCCCCUUUGUCCCAGCCCUCUAGCUCUGCGGCCUCCCCUCCCCCAGCGGUUCCUUCCUUUGUGCCCCCGCCACUCACUCACCAGCGAAACUUAACUGGAGCCUCCAGUGGCCGCCCAGGCCCCUGCCUUUUCUGCUCCCCCUGAAACAAAAGUAGCUGCUGGGGCCUGGCCUGGCUGUCUGCACAAGGACUAGAAGGAACCAGACAGGGGCCCCAGUCCCUGCAAAGGUGGUGGUUAGUUUUGAAGUUUGGUGUUGGUUGUUGGUAGCCCCUCCAGAAGGAGCAGCAUUGUUGGGGGGGGGGGGCUGCUUCCUCAGAGGGAUCUGGGGCUGUAGUGUGGUCGGGGGACCCCCUUCUAGGACCCCAGGAAGGGCCCUGGGGCCUCCAUCAAAGCUCCUCUUUCUCCUGCCCUGAGUGUUUCUAAAACGGGGCCCUUUUCGUCUCAAAUUCUGUGUGUGACACCUAGAAAUAAGGGCGGGCUAAUCCCCCUAAAAGAGCCAAACCCACACUUCUGGCUCCCAGAGGCCCACCCUCGUUACAGGAUAGUCUUCAUUAUCUUUAAAACAAGUGUGAGAGCGGUCACUUGGGAGCUAAGCAUACAUUGGGGGAGGAUAACUUGAACGUGGGGGAAAAAUCUAGUCAUAACCUUGAUUUGCUGAGCAUAUGGAAACGACGGGCUUGAUUGAGUUUUUCAUGGUGAAAGUAGGAGCUCCAGUGCCUGGUUUCGAACCUGGUUUCUAACCAGGGGUGUGAGGAUGUGUGCUUCCUGAGGGCAUGGGGCUGGGUGCCUCACAUUGGACUUGAGAGACCGGGGCCUGUGGAGGUCAGGUGGGAGCGGGUGUGUGGAUUUGCUGAGGCAGAGCAGAACUGGGGCCGGUUGGUGUGGCCUCAUUGUCGCCAGAAGUAAUUUUCCCUACUUAAAAUAUUUCAAGUUGUUAAUUUAACCAUAUACGUUUAAAAGCACGUUAGAAGAGAUAACGUGUAAAUUUAGAAGUGCUCUACUCUGCUCUCAACUUACAUAAAAAAAUUGACUCCAGUUCUCCACGUGCAUUUUUGGCAUCAGUGUCUUAAAUGCUGUCACCAAAGCCACUUUUUGUCUUCUUAACCCACUUUUCUAGCACGUUUCACCAGUACUCCCAUUUGAGUUGUUUGAUACAUGUUAUUUUUCAGAUUUACAUACAAUUCUGUCUCUAGGAAUUUUAUCAAAAGCCACAGGGAUCCAUUAGAACAUUAAAACUAUUGGAUUUGUAAAAUUUGUCUCAUUGGUAUGUAUUGCUGAGAAGCAGAUUUGAGACCCCCGUUUUGAUGCUGGAAAGUGGGGGGAGGCAUUGCCCGUUCUGAGUCCCCUGUAACCCUGGUAUUUCUCGGAGGCUGUUUCUUUCUCUGUAAAGAACAGAGGACAACAGUGCCUAAGGCCCACUUCUCAGGAUUAAGUAUGUGAAGAAUGCAAGGCAGUGCCCUGUAUGCAGUAAGCACUCAGCAAAUGCACUGUUGGAGGUUGGACUGGUUGGAGCGCUCUGGCCCUUCUGGUUUGCAGAGUGACUUUGAGGGUUUACGAGGGGAAGCUGGGAGACAGUCCUUGUAGGGAAAGCCAGGACCACAUUGGGUUUUGGAGUGGGGGGCCAUUCCGGGGAAGGGGGUCGCACUUUCAGCUGAUGAGAACUCAGUAAUGGGAGUGAGAUGAGGCCUGAGGCCUCUGGCCCUGGGACCAUUUACUCAUUGUCCUCUUUAAAAGUAGUCCCUGUGCUUGGGCUCAGGUCAUGAUCUCACGGUUUGUGGGAUCGAGCCCCUCGAGCCCCCCCCCCCCCCCCCCGCACUAUUGGUGUGGAGCCUACUUGGGAUUCUCAUUCUCUCCUCUCUCUCUGACCCUCGCCCACUUGCACUUUUACUCUCUCUCUCAAAAUAAAUAAACUUAAAAAAAAAAAGCAGUCCCUGUGGCCUGCCCUCCGGCAUUCCUAGAGUGUGGCAUGUUUUCUCUUCUCUUGGUUUGGAGCCUUGUUGCCCAGGAGGUGAGAGAAGACUUGACCAGUGUGUAGAUAGGACUCCUAGCGAACAUUUAGGCUCUGUCUUUCAACUGUCUUCAUUUCAAAGCCGGCAGGAGCUCAACUUGAUAUAACGGGCGCCAGGUCCUACGCGUGCCUGAAGAUCUCUGUCGUCAUUGCCAUGGUCAUUUGCCAUCUCAGGAUUGGGGGUGACGUGCCGCCCGUGCCCCUGGUGCUUGGUUGGGGUGGAAGUUCCAGGGAUGGACAGUAGCCGAGGUGUGUGUUACUUGUGUCCAGCCUCAUGGGGCAGAUUUGCAUCGCCGUUUGUAAAUAAGGGCUGCUUUGAAUACCCACCUCUGAUGCACCUGUGGUAUCGGCUCUGCGAUUCCCAAUUUAGAUGGCUGAUGGUAAUUUGAAACUGAAACCAUCAGAAGUAUGUAUCUCAUAAAAAAAAGAAGGGCAGGGGAGAUAAGAGCCCCCCCCCACCGGAAGUUGUCACCUAGCUGGGACCUUCCAUGUGGAUGGCAAGUGUCCACACCGACCGCAUGUGGAGGGCCCCGCCUCGCACCAGUUUGUCCCUCAGAUACUGUAUUUCAUUGAGAGAAUUAGCAACGUGAAACGGAGAAGGGUGGUGUGUUCAAGUUACACUGUGUAGCUUUAAGCCACGCGUCGCUCCUUCCAGCUGUGAACUAUUUCCCUGGAUUAGCUUUUUGUGGCCCCAGAACGAGGAAGGAUUAUGGCAGUGGUAAAAUCAGGGUAAAAUGAAUUCCAAAGACUGAAGACUUUACAUAUGUAGGGUUGGGGUGGGGAGCAGGUUUCUUUUCUGAAUGGGCAAGGCCUAAGGGCCCCUGCCCCUCGGGUGUGUAGGGGAGGCAGAAGGCUCAAAGGAGACACCCAGAGAGGACUGAGACACCCUGAGGGAGUGGGAGGGGGCCCCCAGGGGUGGUGGUGGCUCUGGCUUGGGGGAGGGGUCGCUAUUUGCAUAACUGAUUGUUGCUCCCGGGGAUUGCAGUGGGCGAAGGGAGGCCAGUACAAAGGCUCCUUCCUCUCCUUCCCAACCCCUCCUCUCUCCUUCCCUCCUUUGCCCACCCCCUUCCUCCCCUCCAGCGCCAGCUGUUGAGCCUGGUCAGCACCACCUGUGCCCCUUGGGUGGCUCAGGGUUGGCCUUGCCCCGCUGCCCAGUGGACCGGGUUUUGCUGCGCAGGCUCCAGUAGCAGGGGGAGCUACCACAGCCGCCUGGGGAGUCCAGAUAGAGUCCAAAGGAAGGCCUCUGGCUGCUCGUCUCUCUUUAAAAAGUGGUACUUUUUAAGACGAUUUUUUGCGUGAGCUCUGAAGUGCUUGCCUUGACCACCUUUGCUACCUAAACUAGCCUUGGGGGAGACCUUGGCCUGUGUCCCCUUUCAUAAGGUGGUUUACCAGGGCCUAUGUCUCGUGGCCCACAACCUGACGCUUGGAGAUUCACUAGAGUCAAGGGUGGCUGGUGGCAGGGGUGGCCAGUAGCAGCAUCAACCAUGUCUCAGAAUGGGAGUCCCAUGGAGGUGCGCUAGAGAUGAUCUUGCACUGACGCGGGUGCACAACUUAGUAUUUUGCUCACCACUGCGUAUCCUAGGCAGUAAUACCUGCUGGGUCCACCACACAUCUUUGUGAAACCAAGCGCAGCAGCCGCCCCGAGCCCCGUGCUUGGCAACAUUCCCCCCAACGACGGGAUGCCGGGAGGCCCCAUCCCGCCAGGUUUCUUUCAGGGUCCUCCGGGGUCACAGCCCUCGCCGCACGCACAGCCUCCACCUCACAAUCCCAGCAGCAUGAUGGGACCCCACAGUCAGCCUUUUAUGUCACCGCGAUACGCAGGCGGCCCCAGGCCCCCGAUCAGAAUGGGAAACCAGCCUCCAGGAGGAGUUCCUGGGACCCAGCCACUGCUACCCAAUUCCAUGGAUCCCACCCGACAACAAGGGCACCCCAACAUGGGAGGAUCAAUGCAGAGAAUGAACCCUCCCCGAGGCAUGGGACCCAUGGGGCCCGGCCCACAGAUUCUACAAAGGCAGAGUUUAACCAGCCCAACCAGCCCAGUUUUACUUCCUGUUCAUUUACUCGUUCACUCCUUCAUUGAUUCAGCACCCAGUCUGUGGCGGCUGAAUUACGGCAGCGGCAUGAGACCACCACCCAACUCCCUCGGCCCCGCCAUGCCCGGGAUUAACAUGGGCCCGGGAGCUGGCAGACCCUGGCCAAAUCCUAACAGUGCUAACUCAAUUCCAUACUCCUCCUCAUCACCUGGUACCUAUGUGGGACCUCCUGGCGGUGGUGGCCCCCCAGGAACACCCAUCAUGCCUAGUCCUGCAGAUUCAACAAAUUCCAGUGACAACAUCUACACAAUGAUUAAUCCGGUGCCGCCUGGAGGCAGCCGGUCCAACUUCCCGAUGGGUCCAGGUUCGGACGGCCCGAUGGGAGGCAUGGGCGGCAUGGAACCACACCACAUGAACGGAUCGUUAGGGUCAGGUGACAUAGAUGGACUUCCAAAAAAUUCUCCUAACAACAUAAGUGGCAUUAGCAAUCCUCCAGGCACCCCUCGAGACGAUGGUGAGCUAGGAGGGAACUUCCUCCACUCCUUCCAGAAUGACAAUUAUUCUCCAAGCAUGACGAUGAGCGUGUGAUCCCCUCCUCUUCUCCGAGACGCUGAGAGAGCCGGCAUUGCAGGCGGGAAGAUGCCAGAAAUUAUGCAAGAAGAAGUGAGGUGUCAUUACCCAGGAGCUGGGGGAGGGGCGUCUCCCUGCUCCCCCUCAGCCCCCACCCUCCUACUCCAGUCCCCCCAACCUGUCCCAAUUUUAGUUUCAUGCAAUAAAAAGGCCGAACUUUUUAUUCCAUAAAACAUGAAGGACAAAACUCAAAAUAAAAAUAUAUUUCAAGUCAAUGACCAGAAAAAUCCCACCCCUUGCCCUUUCCCAAAAGGACCUUUUAUGUACAUGACACUUUUUUGUUGUUUUUUUUGUUUGUUUGGGGUUUUACCGUUACUGGGAUUUUUUAAUUUGUUUUCAGGGGGGUUUUUUUGGGGGAAAAAUUUUUAAAAAUGGAAGCUUCUAGCAAGUCCCCCACCCACCCCACCCCAAUCAACCCCUUUGCUUUCUUCUUUAAAAAAAAAAAAAAAUAGAAAAAAAGAAAAAAGGACCAAAAAAAAAAAAAUAAAAAAAAAAAAGCCCUGCUGUCUGUCUGUACCCAAGCCCUUCCACCAGGAAAGCUAGUCUAGGUGUGAGAUCUCACGCUGUCUUUGUAGCCAUCUAAAAAUAAUAAUAAUAAUAAUAAACUGGGCAGUUUACAAUCGGUGGUUUCUUUCAAAAGGCCUUUUUUGGAAAGAGACAAGAUAGUCCCCUUUCUCCACUUGGGGUUUUCGGUUUGUGCGGAUGGGCAAGCAAGGGGUGGGAACCUGUUUUGUUUUCGCUUGGUUUCUCCCGGCGAGGUGGCCUCAGCAGCUGCACAACUGGGACCCCAGAACCACCCCCUCCCGUAUGUGGCCCGAGGGGCCAGACCACCUGACCGCUUUCAGGACUCCGCCACAGCGGAGACUCGCUGUGACCCGGUGGCAUGCACUGUGUUCCCAGGACUGCUUCCUCCUCUCUCUCUUCUGGACCUUCCCCUGCCCGGCCUCCCUGCCGCUCCAGCCCUCUCCUCAGCCCCCACCCCAGUCUUCCCAGCGAGAAUCCUGCCAGCUGGGUGGUGGCCUGGACAGAGCGCAGUGGGGGAGGCCGCCCCCAACAGGAUGGCUAUGACCUGGGACAUGGCAACCGUGACCCCCGCGUUCUCGCCCCAUGGCCCUGGCUCGCAUCGUCCUCGUCGUGUGUGCUCGUGUGUGCGGGCACUGUAGGGCUGGAGUUUGGGUUUCUUUUUGUUUUGGGUUUUGUUUUUUUUUUUUCUUUCUCUUGAUUCUUGCUUCUUUUUCAAAGAUGGGAAUUGACCAGAAUUGCUCUGUAUACGCUUGGAACUGGAUGGAAAGACUUUGGAAUAGCUGUUGGGGGGGCGGGGGACACCAACAACCAAACAGACGUGCUGUUUCCGGUCCUGUUUUUAUUUUCAAAAACCGACAAAUGCGACAGUGGAGCCUGUCCCCUCCCAGGAGGGGUGACUCAUGGCCUCCCUCACCUCACUACCCCCAUCGAACCUCUGUGUCUUGCCCUGAAGACACCCGAAUUCUUUGUACAUUUACAGCCCCUCCUCCCUGCUCCCCUGUAGCUGCUGUUUGUUUUCCUCCCUCCCCUUCCUGAUCCAUGUAUAUCAUACUAUGUGAGAUACCAUCUGCCUGAAAAAAGACCUUGUGCGGAUUAUUGGGAACAUUGUAGCUGUUUCUGUGUUUUUUCUUACCUUGUAGUCUGGUUCUGAAUUAAGAGAGGAAAAAAAAAGUAAUUAUGAUACAUUGUAGUUUGUGUACGAUAUAUGUUGAUAACGUUUUAUUAAAGGGACAUCUUUUUUCCGCA